AUGUUACGAAUGGCGAGACUCACUGACGACGCCGGCGAAAGGUCUGGAAAUGUACCACAUCCACGGUCCUACUCUGGAAAUGCAUACAAUGGACUCCGGACUAGGUGCGUUCCUCUAAGUCUUCCUACAAAUAUUACCGAGUUACGAAAACAAGGUCAAACAACUUCUAUAUAA